CGCGUGAAAACAGAGACGGGACGAUAUGAUGGCAGAGCAAUCUGAGGAAAACUUGACUUUUACGAGGUGGAGAUACAAGCACUACUUCAAAUUUGUCGAAAUUAAAGGAAGGAACGUGCAUGUUAAGUAUAAUUUAUGUCCCAGGGCAAAGAUUUUGUCGACAAGCAAUUCAAAUCUCCUGAAGCACAAAACAACUGCACACUCUACCACAAAGCUAGUGGCGAAAAAUCCCACCGCAGAAACUGAUGAUGAGAGGCCAUCCACGAGUAGCAAAGAUGGACAGGGAGCCACGGCUGCCAAACAGCAAAAGUUGGAUUUUUCUGCCCCACCAAAAACUACGACACAGACUGAACUCUAUGCUUUGGUAGACAGGUACGUGGUCGAGAACAUGUUGCCAUUGUCAACAGUAGAGUCAGACUCCUUCCGAGCCAUCACUGCAAAAAUUCCAGUGAAAGCAGGGGUCAGAACGCCAUGUCGAAAAACAUUUUCCAAAUACCUUGUUGCAGAGUAUACAAAAAUGAACACAGAGCUGAAGAAGACAUUUGAAGAGUUGGAGUUUCUUUCUACAACUGCAGACAUUUGGACUGCCCACAACAAGGGUUACAUAGGCGUGACUGCCCGCUGGAUAGAUCCACAGAGCCUUGAACGGAAGAAAGCAGCCCUGGCCUGCAGACAGUUCACGGGUCGCCACACGUAUGACAGCAUUGCUACCGAACUGGAGAAUAUCCACUCAUCCUUCACCAUUUCUCACAAAGUCACUGCUACUGUUACAGACAAUGGUUCGAAUUUUGUGAAGGCCUUCAAAGUGUACCAGCCUGUUCAUGAUGACGACUCUGAGGAGGAGGAUGAUGAUGAUGUGACGUUUGUCGACCUUCAUGAGGCCUUACAAAACAGGGAUGAGGAUGAUGUGAUUACUUUGCCACCACACCACAAAUGUGCAUCACACACAGCAAACCUCAUUUCAUGCUCUGAUGUUGACAAGUGGUUACUCUCAAGGCCAGAGGCAAAAGCUGUAUACAGAAGUGCUACCGCAAAAUGCACAGCUUUAUGGAAUAGGGCCAGCCGUUCCGCAGUGUCUGCCGAGACCGUGGAUGAUGUCCUCGCGAAGAAGCUCCUUGUCCCGUGCACGACCAGAUGGAACUCCUUUCAUGAUGCUGUGGCCCAAAUCUUGCAGUUCCUCCUCACCGAGCUGAACACCAUCUCCUACAAAUUCGGUUUGAAGGCCAUGACAGAACGGGAGUACCAGUUCCUCAGGGAAUACUGCACAGCGAUGAAGCCACUGACCGUAGCCCUCGACAUUCUUCAGGGCGUGGACAAUUGCUUCUAUGGGACACUCCUACCAACACUGGAGAUGUUGAUGACCAAAACCAUGGACACGAAGAGUGGCCUGCAACUCCUUGUUGACCUUCCAGAGGCAGUUGUCAAGGCAAUCAAAACCAGAUUUGCAGAGGUGCUGGAAAGCGAAAGUGCCAUCUUGGCAGCUGUGACACUGCCAAGGUUCAAACUACGUUGGCUACGGACACAGGAAAGGAAGGACAACGCCAAGGCAAGUCUGCUGGCAGAGGUGGCAAAAGUGUCCAAGAUGAAGACCAGCAACCAGGUACCAACGCACCAACACGCAACCUCAGCACCAACUCUGCCAUAGAGGAUUUCUUUUCCUUUGAGGAUGAGGAGGACAUCUCUGCUUCUGCUGAAAGCCAAGUCGCUGACUAUUUCAAGUCAGCAGCACAAGGGAUGGACAGCCUAAAGGGGUUUCCACUGAUAAAGCAAGUGUCACUUAAAUACAAUGCAGCCACUCCAUCCAGUGCCCCUGUAGAAAGACUCUUUAGCCUGGGGAAGCUCAUGUUCACUCCAAAGAGGAACAAGCAGUCUGACGUGAGGUUUGAGAAGCUUCUGCUUCUCAGAUACAAUCACUGGUUUAAGAAGGGGUAGGAUAGUUAGACUGGUUGGCUGGAUACAUGACGGAAGAAGUACAGUAUGUCUCAUUUGUCUCAGGUUGUUAGAGUUACACUGCAGUGUUAAACACACUUUGUUGUGUGUUUUAUUGUUGAACUGUUUACUUUUGUUAUGAAAAAAUACUUGAAGUACAGUAGCAUAUGUCUACUUGACCAGUUGUCUGACUAGAGAUUGUAAUUUAUGCUACAGAGUGAAACUCACUUUAUAUUGUUUUACUAUUGACUUUUGUUGUGAAGAAAAUAUUUUAAGUGCAGUUGCCAAUGUCUACUUGACCAGUCUCAGGGCAUGGGGGGUGGUUGUCUAGUACAAAUCAGCAUGUUGUCUCAUUUGGGGAAACUAGUGUAGGAUUGUUUCUCAGGGGUUCCUGUGUCUUUAAACACUAAUUGUUCCAAAACUGCUGCUCUCUCCUCACUGAGAGAAGUCUUGUCAGCUAUUAUAGACAGAGAGAGAGAGGGAUAGAGAGAGGGGGAGGACAGAGACGGAAGAAGUGAUGGAGGGAGGGAGAGGGAGAGAGGGGAGGGAGUGAGAGAGGUAGAGAGAGGGAUUGGAUAGUCACUUUAUAUUGUUUUACUGUUGACUUUUGUUGUGAACAAAAUAUUUGAAUAUUUCUACUUGACCAGUUGUCUCAGGUUGUGAGAGUUUGAUUUAUUUAUUUUACACUGCAGUGUUAAACACACUUUAUAUUGUUGAACUGUUUACUUUUGCUGUGUGAAAAUACUUUAAGUACAGUAGCAUAUGUCUACUUGAGUAGUUGUCUGACUAGAGAUUGUAAUUUAUACUAGAGUGAAACUCACUUUAUAUUGUUUUACUAUUGAUUGUUAUUUUAUUAUAUUGUUUAGUGUUUACUUUUGUUACAAGUGCACUUGAAGUGUAGGAUAAAUCUGUUGCUGUCU